CAGACACAGAGUCAGCUCUUUCCCCAAGCUGUGUCUGAGCUGAACUCAUAAUCAAAAAGGGAAGGAGUACUACGCUUGGAAUCAUCUGCUCUAACACCCUCCUCUCAGACAGCAGCAGCAGGAAGAAGAGGAGGAGGAGGAAGAGGAGGAGGAGGCGGAUGACAAGACUCUGCUCUAUACGUUCAGCACCAAAAGGUAGAAUAAGACUCACUGGCCCUGAGGACGGAUCUGCUGCAGAUUAUGAUUGUGGAUUAACAUUUGAAGGUUUUUCUGUGAAGAUGGUGGUGAGUUUUUUUUUUUAACACAGUCACUUGGUGUUAGAUACCAACCAAUUUUGAGUCACAGCAACAGCUCAGGUUCACUUUGACGGCUCAGAUUUUCUUCUCAAAUGAUGUAAGUCUUUAUUAUAGCACAAAAACAAUUUGCAUGUCAUUGUUGUUCACUGACCCCUUUUUCUAAACACAAGGAUGGUCUUUGAAAACCAAAAGAUUGGGCAGAAGAUUUCUUUUUGUUUGGAAAGGAAGAUGGAGCCUGGAUACAGCAGCAGCAAUUUUAACCUGACUCACAUCUUCACAUCUGUGUGAACAAACAGAUGAUAAAUUUGUGACCCAACCUGAACAUUAAUAGAGACCAAGUGAAGCUUUUUAAAUUCUACACACUUGCUGAAGCUGAGGUUUGAAUGAAGUUUGGAUCUAAACAACAAAAUUAACAACACUGAAACCAAAUGCAGUGAUCCAAUAAUUUAUUGCAGCUUUCCAGCCAUACAGAACAUCCCAAAAUGAAGCUGGGAAGCCGUUUUUGCACCUUGAAUGUUGGUGGGCGCAGGUUCUGCUUUUCCACAGAGUUGAUGAAGCGCCUUCCUCUUAGCAGACUCACUAAACUGCAACGUUGCGUGUCGGAGACUGAGCUGCUGGAGCUGUGCGACGACUACGAUCGCGACAGGAACGUUUUUUUCGAUCGACACUCUGAGGCCUUCAGCUUUAUCAUGCUGUAUGUGCAGCACGGGAAGCUACGCUUCCUGCCGCACAUGUGUGAACUCUCCUUCUACAAUGAGAUGCUUUACUGCCUGGAGAGCUCUGACCUUCAGCUGUGCUGCCAGCGGCGCCUCGAUGAGCGUUUGUCUGACUGCUUUGUCCACUUCUUUCCUGAAGAGGAUGCCCGGAACCAUGUGGAGCCACAGGGUCAUUGGCUGGAUCAGAUCAGGAGGAUCUUUGAGGAACCCACCUCAUCUUUAGGCCAGGUCCUGGCCUCGGUGUCAGUGCUGUUCGUGAUCAUCUCCAUGGUGAUGCUGUGUGCAAGCACAUUACCUGACUGGAAAACUGCUGAGAGCCUGGACCAGCACAGGGUCAUCGAGGCAGUUUGCAUCGGCUGGUUCACAGCUGAGUGUAUUGUCCGUUUCCUGGUGUCCCGUGAUAAGUGUGAGUUUGUUCGUCGUCCUCUGAACAUCAUCGACCUUUUGGCCAUCAUGCCAUACUAUAUCUCUGUUACUGUAGCAUCACUGACGGGUGAAAACUCUCAGCUUCAACGUGCUGGUGUCACGCUACGUGUCCUUCGCAUAAUGCGGAUCUUCUGGUUAAUCAAGUUGGCCCGUCACUUCCUGGGCCUGCAAACACUCGGCCUGACUUUGAGGCGCUGCUAUCGCGAGAUGGUGAUGUUGCUGGUUUUCAUCUGUGUGGCCAUGGCAAUAUUUAGUGCGUUAGCCCAACUGCUGGAGCACGGUCUGGACAUGGAGUCUGGAAACCAAGACUAUGCCAGCAUCCCCGCCGCCUGCUGGUGGGUGAUCAUCUCCAUGACAACCGUGGGCUACGGCGACAUGUACCCAGUGACGGUGGCAGGCCGAGUGCUGGGUGGCCUUUGCGUGGUGAGCGGCAUUGUGCUGCUGGCAUUGCCCAUUACCUUCAUCUACCACAGCUUCGUCCAGUGCUAUCAUGAGCUUAAAGUGCGCUCAAGCCGCUGCAGCCACAGUCUGUCUGCCGACUUCAUCAACUAACAGCAAAUCAAAUGUAAAGUGGAUGCAACAGUGCAGGAAAUAGUCCAGGCUCCGUUACGUCACCAAGUUAAUGGGCAAUGGCCACCACAGCUCUCCCCAUAGUAAACAUUUCCUCUGUAGACUUAAUGGUUUUAUGGAUUAAGAAUGUAAAUGAAACAAAUAGAGUCUUAGUUGCCUUAGGUUUUUCAUAUAUUCCAUAAGAACAGAUUUGAUUAAUUUGAUUUGAGUUACAGGGCCCCUCUGAAUAUUCUCAUGAUUAUUACCAAACCUGACUUCAAAAUGAAUAUGUGCAAUUAAUAGUGAUCAAGAUCAUGGUUGUACUUGGUAAAUGUAGUUUGAUUUGAUGUUGUUAGUUAUUUAGGGGAAAGACCAUUGAAGGAAGACCAGUAAUGAACAAGCGUCAUCCCUCAACUCUCGACUGUGUUAAGUUUGAUAGAAUCAGGAGGAGGGUUAGACACAAUUGAAUGUACACGUUCAGUGUUCAGUUCUUUCUGUAUUACCCAGGUGGUUUCAAAUGUUCACGUUUAAGCACAGGUGGAACAGCGGUCUUCCCACAAUCAACCAACACACAGUAGAAAAUAAAAUCCAACACAAUAUCAGGUCAAACUCACAUGAACAGUUUUAAGGUGUCGGUGGCAGAUGAUAAAUAUCAGAUAACUAGUAAGUGAAUAAUGUGAUUCAGAAUAUUAGCCAUAGUUGAUCCCGUUCUAAGGUUCUGAUCGCCUUUUAGAACCUUUGUUGUCUGUAAAUUCAGCCUGGAGCCAACUACAACUCUGGAACUGUAACAUUUCCUCUAGAAAUAAUGGAAACCACCUUUACGAACCUGAACCUCCCUCUUCCUCUCUGGCUGGUCUUCACCAGAAUCAGCUGCUCUUUAAUAAAUCUGACGGUCAGAGCUGCUCAGGUUGGGACCAUCUCUUAGUGAAGCUACUGUAGCUGUAGAAGCUGAACCUCCUUCACACACUGGGCUCCUCCACUUUCCAUCAUGGACUACAUGGUAUUAAACUUGUUAACCUCUACCGUUCUCCAGGUGCUGGUGGCUUCCAGUUGGCUGGUGCUGGUCCUCUCGUCCGCCUGUAUUUUGUUGCUGCCUGAUGUUGGUCUUUUCUCUCAUCUCCUCUCUUUCACCCCAACCACAUGUUCCUGGCAGAUGUCCUGGAUCUGCUGAAAGUUCAUUCUCUUUCUGCUGCUGUUCAGUGGCAGUAGUUACAGACCUCUAUACAGUUGUGUCUUUGUUUUUUGUAAGGUCUAAAAGGUUUGUCUUGGCUCCAGUUCUGAACUCAUGUGUUUAGAAGAAACCCUGACAUGUGUCCCAAUCAAGGUCAAAUGUGCGGAAACUGAAAGUUUAAAAAACAAUAAAUUCUUUGAAUUCUGAAUUGAUUAAAGUCUCAAAAGUCUGACAAAGCCCAAUUCGUCUGCCCUAUAGGUCAGAAGGAACGUAUAGCUUUAUCAGGAGAACCGGGAUAAAGAUUAAUGAUUAGAAUUAGAAUGAAUUAAUGCUGCGUCUUCCUCAGUAGGUCUGGCUGAAUGACCAUCACAUUUACUGUAUUUCUGACUUUAAUCUUUGGUUUAGGGUUUAGUGAGAAACCAAAACCCCCAUCAUAUUACUGAAUUAUCUGGAGACAGAUCUAAAAGUUCCUGUGAAAAGCAACAGAUCUGAGUGUGAUGAAUGUGAAUAAAACUGCAGGAGGCGGUGUACUGUUCAUGUCUGAUUCACUUCUGCUAAAACUGACUUUUGCCUGUUUAUUUCAGUCAAAGCUCUGCCAGACUCAGUUAGGAGCGACAUCAUAUUCCUCUGAGGACAAGCUUUGUAUGAUGCAUAGAAGGUUUUAUAGAAUUGUCUCAUUGUAAUGGUGUAAAUAACAUUUUGGUUGAAAAUUCUCUCUAACACACACUUUGAUCUUAAUGUGUUGACACCAAACAUUAUAGCGUGACAUAUUUCUGGGUCUGUUGCCAUGGUGAUUGAGAAGGGUUGCUGAAGGCAGUAACAGAUCACAGUACACACACACACACGCACGCACGCACACACGCACACACUGUUUCCAAUUUCUCUGUUGAUACAUGAUAAUUGCUUGUUAAACCUCAUCAGACAACUACAGGAAUAUACUUACUAAUACAUACUGAUACUUUCACACUAGUGUUCUUUUUGUUUUGUUGUUAUUGUAUAUCCUUUUGCAGACUUUACAUUUCAAACACUUGUUAGUGUUUGUUUCAUCAAGUUUAUCAGUAAUUUACUUCACUUACUCCAAAUUAAUGUAAUAAAAAAUAAAAUAAUUGAUAGUAAUUGAUCUGCUCUAACGUGAAUUCAAUAAUAUUCACUCUACAUUGUACAAGCACAUGUUGAUGUCUGACCCAGAAUUUAGUUUCACCAUCUCCAUGAAAACAGAAAACAUCAGGUUAUGGUUUCCAUGGUAAUAGCAGGAUGCAGAGGCGACAGGACCAGUCCUCAGACUUUUGACCACAUACAAAUUUUGUGAUCUCCUGACAUUCGUUAUGUUGACAUAGUUGUGGUAGAAUAUAUCUACGUAAUUUAUUCCACUCUAUAAAUAUAUUACCAUAUACUGUAAUGUAACUAAGCAGAGGUUUUAGGUUCUGAGUAUUUCUAUUUGUUGUUGUUAGAUAGAACGACCACCCGGGAUAGAUACAUUAUUUAUCCCAGAAUUAUGCAUUCACAAGUUCUCUGCAUUUGCCCUGUGGCGGCCAGGAAGUUAGUAUGAAGUAUCUUACUCAAGGACACACCUGGUGCCAGAGGUGGAGGCCGAACUGUGGACACUCUGCUUUUCACAACAAUGCUCUACCUAUUAAGCUACCAGUCCACAACUAAGUAUUUUUCUAAUAGUUUUGUUGUAAACAUUUAUACAGUAAUCAGCGGUUUGUACAACAGUUCAGAUGAAUCGUCACAUUUAUUUAUUUUUUUGUCCUGUCUGCCAGUUUAACAAGCAGCAUGCAGCUGAAUGUUGUUGUGUUUAGUUUUGCCAUAAAGCACAACAUUAAAAAUAAAGAAAAGUCAUUAUCCUGAAAAGGCAAAACUGUCCACAAUAUUAAAUUAAUAUAACCAACCGGUUUCUGUUCAGUUAUUAUAUUUACCCAGAUUUUGUGUUAAAGAAGUAAAGAAGAAAUUCCUAGUAAAUGUCAGAUUUCGGAACAUUUUUAGAGGGUUGUCACACAGAGAACUUUUAAGGAACAGCAGUUUGCAGACUGACCUGAGAUCUACAUGUACUGUGGACAUAGAUGGAUGCCUGAGGCUUUUUUCAUUACCCUGUGCUGCCUUGAGUGUCUCUCAAAGCGUGAAGCCUAAAUUCUAAAAACAUUAUUUUUAAUCAUGUGGGGAUUUAUUUGUUUUUAAUCUGUGACAGUGAAGUUUUGUUAUUUAUCUGUGAUUUAACGUCAACAGAAUAUUUUAAAUCAUUAAUAAAUUAUGUAAUAAUA